AUGCAUAUUCACCAAGCACUUGCAGCUUUGGCCAACGUCCAAUCAUUCGUUUCUGUCGCUGGGACUCCUCUGACAGCCACGCCUACUUCAAUCGCCAUAGCAAACACUGGAUCUCAACGCUCUUCGGAUCAAGCUCUCGUUCUCAUUUCCAGCCCUGUUAAUGGAAGUGUCACUCCGCCACGCCAAACUUCUAACAUAGGACCUCAGUCAAAUACCACCUUGAUCCCCCCUCAGGGCCUAAUUCCCUACCGUGUCAGAGGAUCUUCAACAACCCUCUUCUUCCACAGCUUCGGCAUCACCAUCCCAUCCUCUUACAUGCUCCAAUGCCUCAGCCUCUCCCUCACCCUAAUCCUCCAAGUCACCCUGGAUGGAAGGGGCAAAGAUCUCAUCAGCAACGGUUACUUCAACCACACGCACCUCAUGCUCAACGGAGCCAAGGUCGCGGUCGUCGUAGGCGAUUUUCGAGAAGUUGGACGGCCGAUGGAUUAUUACAACGUAAGGGAUAUGCUAACCGGGAUUGGGGAUUUCGUCACAGAGCCGGAUCGUGGGAUCACGACGCUGAGUUAUGAAGUCGAGGUGGAUAACAAGGGGUAUGUGGGGACGGGGCACGUGGAUUAUGAGCCUGCCCCCAAUAGUGCAUGA